CGAAAAAAAGGAGGGAUUGAACCAGGCGUCUUUUCGUGUCGUUCUCGCCAUUCCUGGGUCUAAAUUGGCUGCCAAAGUGUACCAACUUGUCGGAAUACAUCCUCAUCCUUCUACUAUCCAGGUCAUGGAGACUCGUUAGCACUGGAUCACUGCUAAAUGAUUAGUGACCAGACAGCUGGGGACACCUAACAUGGUGUGCACUGACAUCUGGAAUGGGAGGAAAGACUGCACGGACGGAGCACACACCCUGAGACUCAACACGCAAGCCUAUUGGACGAUAGCUCUGCCCUCCCCCUUAACCUCCCCUUAUAGCGCCCCCGCCCCUUGAGUGAAAAGGUCAGCGAGGGGUCACGACAGGUCACGAGCGAAAGGCCGCGCACGAGCACAGACAGCCGGGGACGGUGUCGGGGGAGGUCAGAGGUCACGAGCGCCGCACGGGCCGGACAAGAGGGUGCCAACAGGUUUACUCAGAGUCUUUGAUCCGAGGGACGGACUGCUUUUGUGGGAGAUGGCCCAAUAGCAGCAGCCCGUGAUGCCGGACCAUGACAGCGACUCCCUCCUGAACAGACAGACCAAGCGAAGACGUGUGGACAUCGGUGUGAAGAGGACCGUGGGCAGCGCCGUCUCCGCCGCAGCGACAGCAACCACUGAUAACAUUGCCCGCGCCAAAGCAGCCAUUUUUAGUGCCAUGAACUCCCUGAGUGCCCACUCCCACCACGGGUCGGACGCCGACUCCAUGGAGUGCUCCGUGGUGCAGCCGCACGGGGGGUCCGGCGCGGUGUCAGCCGGCGACAGCGAGUCGAAGUCCAACGUGCUGCGGAAGCUACUGAAGCGGGCCAACUCGUACGAGGACGCCAUGAUGCCCUUCCCUGGCACGACUAUCAUCUCCCAGCUGCUGAAGAACAACCUGGCUAAAAACGGCGGGGGGCCGGAUCGAGGCGAAAGAGUUGACACCAGCUUCCCCGGGUCGGGGCUCUCCACGACAAGCUCAGACGCGCACCAAGAAGACGCCUGCAGCAAUUCCUCCCAAGAAAGCACCCCUCAGGAAUGUUUGUCCCCUUUCGGCCGGCCCCCCGGCCUGGGGGCCUUUGACCUGGAGCGUCUGAACGAUGAGCACCUGCGCGCCAAGCGAGCCCGCGUGGAGAACAUCAUCCGCGGCAUGAGCCACUCUCCGAGCGUGGUGCUGCCGGCGUCCUCUCGGCACGAGCGCGACCACGACAUGGACCGGGAAAUGGAUCUGGAGUGCCCGCCACCGCAGUCUCAGCGGCAGGCACCCGGCAGCCCCCAGGUGUGCGGCGGCGGCAACAGUCGGGAGAAUAAGCGCAAGCAGCGUCUGCCCCAGCAGCAGCAGCAGAGCUUCACCCAGCUGGUGUGUCAAAGGAAGGAGCAGAAGCAGGAGGAGCGCAGACAACUGAAGCUGCAGCUGGAGGACAUGCAGAAGCAGCUGCGCCAGCUCCAGGAGAAGUUCUUUCAGAUCUACGAUUCCACGGACGACUCCGAGCACAACGACGUAGGAAACCUGUCCGAGGACAGCCCGGUGAGGUCCGACAACGGCGGCGGAGACGACCUGCGUUCUGACAAUGAGAUGUCCGACUUGGACCCGGGCCACUUCCUGGAUCGGGCCCGGGCGUUGCUUCAAGAGCAGGCUCUGCUGGGGGAAAGAGAGAAGCCAAGGCGGGACGGAGUCAGCCGGAGCAAAGGGCAGGCGGGUCCCGGCGCCUCGGUGCACGCGGAAGGCAAACAGCUGGCGGAAACAUUGAAGCAGGAACUAAACUCGGCGAUGACACAGGUGGUGGACACCGUGGUGAAGGUGUUCGCCAAGCCUCCACGCCCUACACCCCAGCAGGCUUUCCCCCCACUUUCUUUACCGCCUGAAAGGUUCUCCACCGUGGUCAAUGGGGACAACCCCAACUUCCACACCACCAACCAGAGGCUGCAGUGCUUUGGCGACGUCAUCAUUCCUAAUCCGCUGGACUCCUUCACCGGCAUCCCCGGCAUUCCAAGUGCCGCCAACGACCAAACCGAGGCGCUGCCGUUAGUCGUGAGAAAGACGCCCAGUGAGCACCACCACCACCACCAGUCCUCCGCCGUGGGCGCCCACGGCGGUCACCACCACCCGUCUCUUCACCCCUCUUCACUUUCCGCCUCCAUGGGGUUCAGCCCCCCAUCCUUCCGACACCCGUUCCCCCUGCCUCUCAUGGGCUACCCUUUCCAGAGUCCCCUGGGCCCGCCCCCAGGCGGAUACCUGGGCAAGGAGCGCUCCUCGCCAGACUCCAUGGACCUUUCCCGGGAGACCACCAGCCUGAGGACCAAGAUGGCAUCCGGGCACCACCUGGGGCACCACCACCGCUCCUGUUCGCCAGCGCACCCCGGCAGCACGGCGGAGGCCCUUUCCCUCUCGCUCAUCAAGUCCGAGUGCGGCGACCUCCAAGACAUGUCUGACAUCUCGCCAUACUCGGGCAGCAAUAUACAGGAGGGUCUCUCCCCAAAUCAUCUGAAGAAGGCCAAGCUGAUGUUCUUCUACACCCGCUACCCGAGCUCCAACAUGCUGAAGAUGUUCUUCUCUGAUGUCAAGUUCAACCGCUGCAUCACCUCCCAGCUCAUCAAGUGGUUCAGCAACUUCCGGGAGUUUUACUACAUCCAGAUGGAGAAGUUCGCCCGGCAGUCCAUCAACGACGGCGUGGCGGGCGUGGAGGAGCUGAGCGUGAGCCGCGACUGCGAGCUCUUCCGAGCCCUCAACAUGCACUACAACAAGGCCAACGACUUUGAGGUCCCCGAGCGCUUUUUGGAGGUGGCCGAGAUCACGCUGAGGGAGUUUUUCAACGCCAUCGUGGCGGGCAAAGACGUGGACCCUUCCUGGAAGAAGGCCAUCUACAAGGUGAUCUGCAAGCUGGACAGCGAAGUCCCCGAGAUCUUCAAGUCGCCUAACUGUCUCCAAGAGCUUCUACACGAGUAAAGUCCAGUUCUCCUCGCUCUCCACACAACGCUUUGCGCUUUUUUUUUUUGAUCUUCUUCAUGGAACAUUACUCUCUUUUAAUCGAUUUUUCCCCCCCCACUUUCUUUUGUUUUUUUUAUUUACUUUUUUGAAUGUAUGAAAGUUAUGAAGUAGCAUUCCCGAUUUGAAGCCUUGGCGUCCGUUCCUCGAUGACGUAGUUCUUGUGUUGCUUUUCUUCUAAGAGAAUUUGUAAUAUUAUUAUUAUUAUUAUUAUUAAUUAAUUAAUGGAUUUGUUUUUGCUCCUGACGAACUGAGAAGAUUCUAAUCGUUGGGAUUUUUGGUUUUUUUGGGUGACUCGUCAUCCAUGUGGCCUGGUCUAGGAUCUACACUGACUUGAGUGGCAAUGAAGGAAACAGGCUGUGUUCCGUAGACUUCCAUGCGGUCCACCCGAUGAACUGAGUUGUCCCCGACUGGGCGCUCCCUCGCACACAAAAGCAGGACUAGUGAGGGAAGUGGACUGGACCGUGAUCUAAACUGGGUCUUGGACCGGUUUCAAAUAGAUUCCGACCUCUACCCUUUUUUUGAAGUGUUUUUCCCGGGGCAUUGUGUUUAUCGGGUGUACAUUUUUUUUUCUUUUGCCAUGAAUAUUUCCGUUGUGUAUGAUGAUUUUAUGAUUUGUCACCACUGCUUUGCUGAAGGUUGGCAUUGAAGAUGUUUGUCCCCUCUAAUGCCUUUGCAGACAAAAAUAAAUUAUUCCUAUGAAGAGUAUUCAAAAAGAGUUUAGAUUCAGGAUUUUUUACUGCUUCUCGUGUCCAUUGCUUGCUGAUUCAUGACUUUUUUUUUCCUGGCUGCAUUUAUUUGUGCCGUUUCCUGCCACUGGAAGGCUGAGACAAUGAUAGUGGAAAUGGAGUUUUGCUUGGCCUUGUCUGUGGAUUUUUGGUAGAACUGUUGCCACGACGGACGUAAACAAAAUGGCUUAGGUUCAAAUUGUCGAUGGUUAAGUCUAUUUUCCGCCUCAGCCGUUCUUUGUGUGAUGACGUCAUUACUUGAAUAUAUCGGAAUACUGAAGAAGACUUUAAGGCCCUGU